AUGUUUUCCCCACUUUUUUUUUGGAGAGCUGCAGCUAUUUUAGGUUCUUCGGGAAUUGCUUUAGGUUCAUAUGGUGCACAUGGUCUCCAAAAACGUACAAUGGAUCAAACAAAAAUCAAGAAUUGGCAAACAGCGACAAAUUAUCAAAUGAUACAUUCAAUAGCAUUACUAACACUUUCAAAUGUAAGUCAUCCAGCGACAGGAAGACAUGUUACAUUUGCUAGUAGUUUGAUGUUGACCGGAGUUCUUAUGUUUAGUGGAUCUAUUUAUUUGUUAGUUUUGGAUAAGAAUACAUUUAAAUUUUUAGGUAUUGUCACUCCCAUUGGGGGGUUGAUGAUGCUUGCCGGUUGGGGAUCUCUAUUAUUAUGA